AAAAAGAAACAAGAAACUCAUAAUAACAUCAUUCACUAUUAAUACUCUUUUUACUUGAGUAUAUCCCAUUUCAUCACAGCCUGUAAUAAUAACAUAAUUCCAACCAUCCCAUGUGGGGUUCCUCCUCUCUUUUAAUCUUUUAUAUAUUUUUGGUUUUGAUUCUUAGUUAAAGUUACUUUCCUUAUAAAAUUUUAUAAACAGUACAUUCUGUGAAUCUGGUUUUUUUCCAUUCAUCCAAUCAAGCAUGUGGGAAUCAGAGAGUGAUUCAGCUGCAAGACAUGAAUAUGGUGAUGGAAUUCUCACUUCAAGCAAGCAUGGUGUCCCAACUGAAGGAUUUAUUCAAAGAGGUCACUCUUGGUAUGUUGCAACUGAUAUUCCAAGUGACAUUCAAGUUCAAAUAGGAGAAGCUAACUUCCACUUACACAAGUAUCCUCUUAUAUCUCGAAGUGGAAAGCUGAGUAGAAUCAUAUACGAAUCGCGCGAACCGAAUUUGAAUAAGAUAGUUAUGGAUGAUAUACCUGGUGGAUUUGAGGGUUUUGAACUUGCAGCAAAAUUCUGCUAUGGAAUUGCUGUUGAUUUAACAGCAGGAAACAUCUCUGGUCUAAGAUGUGCUGCUGAGUACUUAGAAAUGACAGAAGAUUUAGAAGAAGGAAAUCUUAUAUUCAAAACAGAAGCAUUUCUUAGCUAUGUUGUUUUAUCAUCAUGGAGAGACUCAAUAGUAGUGUUGAAAAGUUGCGAAAAGCUUUCGCCUUGGUCUGAAAAUCUUCAAAUUGUUCGCCGAUGCAGCGAGUCUAUAGCUUGGAAAGCUUGUGCUAAUCCAAAAGGGAUAAGAUGGUCUUACACUGGAAGAACAGAAAACAUUUCAAGUCCAAGAUGGAACAACAAUAACAAUGACAUAAUCAUCAAAGAUACAAGUCCAAAUAGGAUUCGUCAUCAACUUGUUGUUCCUCCUGAUUGGUGGUUUGAAGAUGUUUCAAUCUUAAGGAUUGAUCACUUUGUUAGAGUCAUUACUGCUAUUAAAGUAAAGGGUAUGAGAUUUGAGUUAAUUGGUGCUGCAAUAAUGCAUUAUGCAACUAAAUGGUUACAAGGAUUAGUUACUGACACAUCAAUUUUAUGUGAUGAAAAAACAAGUAAUUGUAGUAUUAGUAACAGUAACAAUAACAAUAGUACUACUAGUAGUAGUGGAAAUAGUUGGAAUGAAAAUGGACUUCACAUGAUUCUGGUUGGAACUAGAGAUGAAAAUUCAAAUCUUCAAGCUAAAGAACAAAGAAUGAUCAUUGAGAGUCUUAUAAGCAUUAUUCCACCUCAAAAGGAUAGUGUUUCAUGUAGCUUCCUUCUUAGGCUUUUGAGAAUGGCAAUAGUGUCAAAAGUUGCACAUGCUUUGGUUACUGAAUUAGAGAAAAGGGUUGGAAUGCAAUUUGAGCAAGCUACAUUAUCUGAUCUAUUGAUUCCUUGCUAUAAUAAAGGAGAGACAUUGACAAUGUAUGAUGUUGAUCUUGUUUUGAGGUUACUAGAGCAUUUUCUAGUACAAGAACAAACUGAAAGUUCUAGUCCUAAAAGAAUGUCAUUUUCUGAAAAACAUAUGGCAUGUAACCUUAAUGCUAAAGCAAGAGUAGCAAGGCUUGUUGACAGUUAUCUUACAGAAGUGUCUAGAGAUAGAAACCUUUCUUUGACAAAGUUUCAGGUGCUUGCAGAAGCUUUGCCUGAGUCAGCUAGAACCUGUGAUGAUGGACUUUAUAGAGCUAUUGAUUCCUAUCUUAAGGCACAUCCAACACUUUCUGAGCAUGAAAGGAAAAGACUCUGCCGUGUAAUGGACUGUCAAAAACUCUCAAUUGAUGCAUGCAUGCAUGCUGCACAAAAUGAAAGGCUUCCAUUAAGAGUAGUAGUACAAGUUCUAUUUGCAGAACAAGUUAAAAUAAGCAAUGCACUAUCCAACACUUCCUUAAAAGAUGUUAAUGAAUCUUUCACACAACCAAUGGUUAUAACAAACAGAAAAACACUUCUUGAAGGGACACCACAAUCAUUCCAAGAAGGUUGGACAGCUGCUAAAAAAGAUGUCAAUACACUAAAGUUUGAGCUUGAGAGUGUGAAAGCCAAAUAUUUGGAGCUUCAAAAUGAUAUGGAAAAUUUGCAGAAACAAUUUGAUAAGAUGUUAAAGCAGAAACAAAGUUCUGCAUGGAGUAGUGGUUGGAAGAAAUUGAGCAAACUUACAAAGAUGACAACUGUACAGAAUCAUGAUGAUGUUUUACCUCAUAAUGUUGAAGCUUCUGCAGAACAGAACAGAAAGACUACUAGAAGGUGGAGAAAUUCAAUAUCUUGAUAAAAGAUUAUGAGAAAUUGUUUCUUAUGUGUUACCACUUUUUUCUUUCUUGUAUCUUGUCACCAAGUUAAUCACAUUUUUCGAGUGUGAAUUUUACUGUCACUUCAAUCACAAAAAUGAUUUUGCUAAGUUACAUGUAAUCUUUAAAUGUGUCUUUAACUAGUGAUAACCGUUGUUUAUACGUCA